CAUUAGCGAACUAAUCAAAUCAAAUCGGUUCAAAACCAAAAAGAAAAACCAAUUAAGCUACUUCUGUUCAUUCGAUUCCACUGUCAUCCGAGAGCACACCAUGAGUGGUCCUGCAGUGUGCUGCCUGUAGGUGCCGUCCAUCGCCGUGGCCCGUGGGCGGUGGGCGUCGUCUGAGGCCGAGACGAGACGCCGAGCAGUGGUGGCUCUGCAGGAACGAAAAUAUUCUGCCCUUGUCGGAGCGAAUUCCCGACAGCCAUCACCACGGGCUGCAUGCCUGCGUGGCUGUCGGCUCGGCAGGCGCAGGCGCAGGCGCGCGCGACAACUGGUUGCAAGCGCAGUAGAAAAGCAGCUAGCUGCCUAGCUCCACGGCAAAGCCGAGCAAGCAGGAGCUAGAGCUAGCAGAGGAGGCGAAAGAAAAGCGAUAGAAAGGAGAGCGAGCUGAGCUGAGCUGAGGAUGGCGGAGGGGAAGAAGGCGAGGCCGAGGGAGGAGGAGCUCGUGGAGGCCGCGCUGGCCGCGGCGGCGGCGGCGCUGCUCGUGUCGGGCGUCAAGAGGCUGGUGGUGGCGCCGGCGGCCGCGCUCGCGGCGCCGUGGUGGUGGCCCGCGCCGCUCUCGGUGCCGUCGCCCGCGCUGUUCCUGCUCCUCAACGUCGUCAUCGCAUCCAUCGUCGUGGCGUCUGUGCAGCCGCGGCGAGGCGGCGCGGCGGCUUCGGCGGGCGCCGUCCACAGCCAGGAGGAGGCAGAGGCGGCGGCGGCGCGGCUGGGAGACGGCGCGAAGAGGCUGAAGAGGAGGAAGAGCAAGAAGCGGACGGCGGCCGUGGCUGCCGUUGCGGAUGGCCGCUGCAUGGCGCUGGUGGCCACGGACGGGGCGGUAGAGGCGCCGCCGGCGGCGAAGGUGGUGGAGGAGCUGACGGCGGCGGAUGAGGAAGCGGCCGGCAACGCGGAGGAGGUGAACAAGCGGGCGGAGGAGUUCAUCUCGGCGUUCCGGCACCACCUCAGGGUCGACUCCUUCUCGUCGGGAACCGCCCGGCGAAGCAACGCUAGAAUGGAAUCAUGCCUUUGACUGGAACGAAUUGCAUGCAUUUUGUGUUGUGAGCUUGCAAACAUAUGUUUUCAUCCUGGUUUCAAAGAACCUUUUAUUUUUCCAUUCCAGGAUUUCUUUUUUCAUUUGAGAUGUAGUUACUCUCUUGAAGUCGUUUGAUGGGAAUUGGCUUCCUCAGUGAACUGGGGAAAAUGCUCAAGAAUUUUCCAUCAUUAUGCAUAGUUCUAGUCUGUAUCAAAUCAUUAGGAUUUCGACCCCGGAACUGCCACAAUAUAAGAGCAACUCCAACGGAUUGAUUGAUU